AUGUCCUCUGAUUAUGCUUUGUAUUCUUUGCGGCUUGUUCUACAAAGGUUGAAUGAAAUGCGUUGCGAAACAGAGUUCAAGCGCAUCCUCGAUGAAGCCAAGAAUGUCCCUGGGGUUGACGAAAAGGCUAUCAUAGACAAGGGAAAAUCUCUAGAUCGUUGGAAUGUGACGGAAAGACUUCCCACCACAGUAGAUGUAUUAAGCGAAUCCAGUUAAGAUCCACGUUUGAAAUAGGAUUUCCGAUAGUUAGCCUAGAGUAUGCCUUGAUCGACAAAGAAAUGCUAAAAACUCAACUUGAGGACCUGUAUGCCCACAAUCCUAGGUCUUUACAACGUGGAGAGGAAGAAGAAAAUAACAUUAAUUUCUCGAAUAUCGACCAUCGCCGAUAUCUAUAUAAUAUUAUAUAAGAAUAGUAAUUAGGAUGAACCAUUAUAUAAUGCCACAUGCAUGCAUGUGUUUAUCAGAUAUAAAGUCACUCCACGUGACAUAUUCUGGCUGACAUGAUUUGCCACACGGUUUAUGAAUUAUUAGUGAGUAUUUUAAUAUAAUUUACAACACUGCUGUUCAUGUGUAUAAUACUUCUAACAAAACAAUUAUUUUGUGAUAAUUGUAGCACCUGGCUCAUGUAACAAUGGAUAUUGGCGGUACGGUUUUGUCCGCACUGGUUGGUCAAAAUGUCCUUCUACAUUUCCUUACAUAAAUGGUCUGUAUAGAAGCAAAACUUCAGAUGAAAACCAAGAUAAGAUAUAUAAUCUGGAGGGAGUCAGUUGUUGUGAAGACUUUGAAAACAUCAACAGUGAAUGUAAAGGAAUAAAUUGGUGGGAUAGCUUUAAUAGGUAUAAUACUUUUACAUUUACUUGUCCAAACUAGUAUUCCAUUCCUAUUUUACCUCAUGCACGUACACAGAUCCUCUUUUUCUAAGUCUGGUUUAUAAUUUUAAUUCUCUUGGGAGAGUAUGUAAUAUUUUUGUUAAAAUUUCAUGGACAGCUCGAACGAUGGAUACUGAAUAAUUUCUGACGCCAGCAGAUGGCAACGUAAUUACAAAAUACUCACACAAUAGUCCUAUCUCUAACCAUAGUCUAUUAAGAUAUUGAUGGUCUGGAAUCCCGGCAAAGUUCAAAGCCACAAAAUAGAAGUCCUUUGUUGGAUGUUGAUAUACCUCACCGUGAACAAAAAUCUUUUGUCUCAACUUCAUUAAAUAGUAUUCAUCGUGGCUGCACGUUUCAUCUCAGCUAUCCAUAUUGGAUGGUUACUUCAUUAUACGAAAAUACAAUGAGCUCAAUCACGUGAUCGUGCACAAAUUAACAUAAACUGUGACAAAAACAUAUCUCAAAUAUAUUAAUAAUUCAUGAGUGGAUUAGCCAACCAUAUUGCUUUAUUUUGCACACAUGAUAAUACUGGAUACCUGAUGAAGUACAUUGAUCCAGUCCUAGAAUUGGAUCAAAUUUAAUUCAGUCCUUGGAUUGCAUCAAAAUUAAUUAAUAUUGGUGUAAUAUUGUAAUAUUGCAGUUUUGUCGGACAAUUUUAGCAAUUUUAACGACACUCUUGUCGGGCAAAAAAUAUGUAAUUCAGAAAACAUUUUACAUAUUUUUUUGAAAACUAAUUGUCGGAAAAAUUUUAAUAAAUUUACGAAAAUAUUACUGAAAAAUUGUAUUGUGCUUACAAAUUUUGGUAAGUUAGUGAAAAAUGACAUGUCCGAAAAUUUUUUUCCCCUGCCCCCACUUGCCAACAUUUUUGGGAAAGAAAUAUUAAUUAGCGACUGAAAUGUCCGUCGGGCGCGACUUCUGCCACGCCCUUCUUGUCGGACAAACAAGCCUCCCCCCCCCCCCCCCCGUAAUACCCAAAUUACACCACUGACAAUUUGUAGGUUUGUUUGGCGAUAACACAUAUAAUAUUUUGCUUGUGUUCACGUAAAUUUAUUACUGCAAGAAAACAGCCUAUUCUCGUAUUAAUAUAUAUAUAUACCCUAAAACUAUCGAAAUAUAAACUCGAAAUAAGAUCGAAAUAUCAAAUUGAAUCCACGAUAGUUUUACUACAUUCUUGCAACAUUUUUGCAAAUGAAAUUCGUUCGAAAAAAAUGCGAAACGUUUUCGGCAAUUUGUUCAAUGUUAAAUUUGAUGCCUCUUUGCAGGAACCCGCGAAAAAGCACAGUCCCGUUGGCUGUCAUUUACCGACGGUUUUUUUGGCAGUCAUUGCAUUGCAAUGCCAAUGUCACUGUGUCUUGCGCCAGUUCGCCAUAUGAAAUGCUGCUGUCCCGCGGAUUCUGGUCAUCCAGGAAAAUAUUCCGGUGGAACCCACGGGCUUUGAUACCGCCUGAUGAUAAGCAUAGUCAUAGAGUACUUAUUAAAGAUUUAAGCCAGUUUUCUACUUCAAGCGUACCGUACCGAAGCGUAUCAAAAACAUUUUUAAAUUUCAAAAUUUAGUGAAUGUUGAUUGGUUAUAAUACUUCCGUAUAGUACGUCAAAAAGUUGACUUGCGACGAACUUUUCAUUUUGAUACGCGAAUACACCCGGAAGUACGUGUAUUUACCAACCUCUUUUCAAUCUACGCAUGCUCAUCAGUACGUUUCGGUAAGUUACGACUGAAGUGGAAAACUGGCUUUCAAUAAAUAAAGAAAUGUUGUUGCGCUGGACGCCGGCUAUAACUCCAGCUAAUUUUACUCUAACUUGUAAUUACUGAACAUGAAUUAUGACCGAUUUUAAGCGGGGUUAUUUUAUUUUGUGUAAUUUAACAUUAUAUUAUUUUACAGACAAAAUCAUUGGAACUUGUGUACCCCAGGGUAUUAUCUAUCUGGUCUUUAUCGUACAGGUGGUAAUAAUCUACACAAUAUUGAGGCAGCGUGGUGUUGCAAACCUAAUGAAGCACCUAAUUCAUACACAUCGUGUUACGAUGAGGAUGUUUCGUUAAAAUUUAACUGGGAUAAAGAAGGAAUGGUGUCAUGCACAACCGCUGGUUUUUAUAUCACUGGUCUUUAUAGAUCUGAAUGUGACAUAUUGCAUUGUAUUGAUACAUUUAAAUGCUGCAAAUUGUAG